GUGGAAACAAUGUCAAAAACAUUCAAACUUCCUAAAACCAAAAAAUAUAUGCGAUAAAUCAAUUGUUGGAGUAAUUUUACGGUAUUAAUGAGGACAUAAAGCAUCAGGCAUUUUUUCAGUUUUUCAGUUAAUCUUACGUGUCCCUGUCUGUAUUUAUCAACGUUAAUGACGUGAUGUUUUUCUGGGCUGACAUGUUGGUGAAGAAGAAGGUCGGAAGCUUUGACAGGCAGUGAGUGCACAUCUCAGUUAGACAGUAGAGCGGCUCAAAGCACAGCAACCAGCAGACCAUGAUGGAGUCCUGCGUCAAAGGUACGCUGUGGAUGAUACUUGCCCUCCUCACUCCACCUCUCUUUGAUUGCAACACGUUUUGCCCAAGAGGCUGUGAGUGUCGAUCUCUUGGUCACAUUUUGUGCCGUGACCGUAAUGGCAGAGAUUUGCUGCAGCAGCUGACUGUCUACACAUACACUCUGCUGCUUGACAAGGCCAACAUGAGUGUCCUCAGUGAGAAGUGUCUAGCAAAUAAGACUCUACUGCUGCGCUUUGGUCUGACCAACAGCCACUUGCACACCAUCCAUCCCUUGGCAUUUCAUGCAGCUCCUCAGCUCAAGUCCAUCAAGCUGACAGACAAUGAUCUGUCUGCUCUUCCUGCUCGGGUGUUCAGUCCUCUCUCUGUGGUCGAGGAGAUUUACUUAGAUGGAAACCAGCUUGAGAUCAUUGGUCCUGAUAUGUUUGAGGGCCUGGACGGGUUGCUGAUUCUGGAUUUGAGUCGCAAUAAGAUCAGAGAUCUUCCUCCAAACAUGUUUGAUGGACUAAGUAACCUCUUUCUUCUGAACCUCGGCAGGAACAACAUAAAGAAGCUUUCGCCAACAAUUUUUCACACCCUGACUAAACUUCAGCUACUGAGGAUGUACUACAACAAGUUGGAAGUGUUGGAGCCGGGGAUGUUUGAUUGGCUCGAGAACCUCAAUGUUCUGAAUCUCCAUCACAACCAGAUCAAAAGCCUUCCACCUCGAUUGUUUUGGCCACUAGAGAACCUGACAGAGCUCACCCUGUCCUCCAACCAGCUGACGGGUGUCCCACACAAGAGCUUCUACAACAUGCCAAAACUUAAAAAACUUACCAUUUACAGCAAUCCCCUGCUAUCUUUGCCAGACGAACUGAUGGGCCACGUGCCAUACAUUACACAGUUUUAUUUGUAUGACACAAACCUCAUCACUGUUCCUGGAAACCUGUUUGCUAACAUGUCUGGACUUCUGGAGCUGAACUUGCAUUUAAAUGACAAGUUGAGAUACUUACCACCAGAUCUUUUCUGCUGUCUUCCCAACCUUAAAAAGCUCUCCCUCAGAAACAACAGUCUUCAGGAUCUUCCUCCCAACCUUUUUUCCACGCUAGCCAAACUAAAAAUACUCCUCCUCAACAACAACAAAUUGAAGACCCUACCAGAGAACAUUUUUCAGGACCUCACGUCACUUGUUACCAUCGAUUUGACAAACAACAACCUAAAUACACUUCCUGGAGAUAUUUUCUUGUUAAAUACAGCCUUAAAAGCUGUUACUCUGAGCGAAAACCCCUGGAACUGUGAUUGUGCUAUAAGAGAAUUUGUAAGGUGGAUCAGAGAAAAUGAUCACAUUGUUCUUGACAAAGAUGAUGUAAUAUGUCACAAUCCACUGUUUAGCUUGCUGCGGGGGCUCCACACUCUGCCUGAUGACGAAUUCAGCUUUUGUGAUGAGGAAACAACGGGCAGUUUAUUUCUGCAACAAACUGUCUCAUAUGAACCAACCCAAACAACAUAUUACACUUCUGUCACUCCAACUACGAAAUCAACCACCUCAGAAACCACAACAUACUCAGAGACGGUUUCUACCUCAGCCUCCAGUCAGGCUGAUACAACUCCCAGUGGACCACCUGUUUUUCAUGACAAAUUGAUGGUCAAACAGGGGCCAGACUAUGUUCACCACAACACUCAGACACCAUAUUACACUUCUGACACCCCAACUACGAAAUCAACCACCUCAGAAACUACAACAUACUCACCGAUGGUUUAUAGCUCAGCCUUCAGUCAGGCUGAUGUAACUCCCAUUGCCUCACCUGUUUUUCAUGAUUUAUUGGUGGUUGAACAGGGGCCUGAGUAUGUUCACCACAACAUCCGCAAACACUGGGUGUAUGUGUGGUUUCUGCCGUCUGGUUCGGCUUUGGUUGGAUCCAUAAUGUUUUGUUAUGUCCUUCUUUUAGUCAUGGGUUUGGUGCUCACUCUCGCUGCCAUUUAUGGCAUGCAUCGUCUCGGUACAGCCAUGGACAAGAUAAAUGCUGAGUGUGCACAAAAUGAGGAGUGCACCAUGUUAUCAGACUUGGUGCACGCUUGAAGAUAAACACGCCCUUUCCACAAGCAUUAAAAACAGAUUCACAAGCCGUAUAAGAAAAACAUAUGUAUUGUAAGAAAAUAUUAAUUUCCUGGAUGAAACUCAUUUAAUGGUAUAUUUUUUUUUCUCCUCCCACUUGUUAUUUUGUUGGUUUGAAAUGUGUGCACUUUUCAAUUUUCAGUAAACAGCUUUUAUGUUACAUCUAUUACAAGCAAAAUAUAUAAUGAAGUAAACUUGAUGGACAAGUCUUCAUAGCCUCUGAACCAGAACAAAAUUACUGCCAUGUAUAAUAUCCAGAAAUUAAUUUAUAAAAGGAAAAAAAAGCUAUUAAAUGGGGAUUUGUUCCCCCCAGUGGCCGAUGAUAUAUGUGAACUACUGUCUGGAGAGUGUCAGUACCAAUGAAAAUGUUGCAACAGUUUGGUAAUGUAAGAGUACUAUUAUAUUGAUUAAAGCAUAUUGUCACCUUCCUAAAAGAAUGGCCUAAAUCCAUUUUUUUUUACUUAGUACUCAGUGUCUGGGAACAAAAGUGGCCUUUAUUUUAGGAAGGUGGCAACAUUAAAAUGCAGAUAUAACUUAAAUAUAACAGAGGAAUUGAAUGUAAAGAAAACUGCUGUACUUGAAGUGAAAAAAAUAUUAUUUAUUUAAAAUGUGGGUCCUGGUUUCAUAUGUAACGGAGACAAAAAAUAAAAAUAUUC